ACACUAAAAUAUGUAUAUAUACAUAUAUUUAUGUAUAAGAAAAGCUUUAACAUUAUUUACAAUUUAUGAAUAAUACUUUUCAAACUUUUUAAAAUUUUUAUAGCCAUAGGGUUUAGGGUGCAAAGCUGAACCAAGACUGUUAAGUGAAAACUGAGAUAGCAGGCUGUUUCUAAAUAAUUUAACAAGUCUCAACGUAAAAGAACAGACAUGAAACUUCAAUAUCAUGGAUUUAGCAUGAUUAUGAGAGAUUUGGUGGUUGACAGUGACUGCGCUCGCAUACUGAGAUUUGAAAUACUUGUGCAAACCUCAUCAUUGGUGACUUUGAGCAUCAAUGACACUUUUCACACACGUAGAAACUACGCAUAUUUCUCGACGGAUUCUGGAAUUCAUUUCUACCGAGUCGCUAGGGAACGAGCCAGAACUUAUCGGCCAUUUGCUACCAGGGGACGAUUACUCCAAGUACUGCACUGUAUAUUUCCCAAAGCUCAAGAGCAAGGGUGCUACAUGUGUCAGGAAGUUCGUCAAGAUAGAAUAGGGAAAACCCAGUACCAUAAAACUCCUAAAACCAUACGCUCAGAUCGAGGAAGAGAAUACGUGAACGACGAACUCCGGGCAUACUUAAAAGCUGAGGGCAUCCAUAUUGAAUAUACAGCGGCUUAUCCACCCCAGCAAAACGGAAUGGCCGAGAAAAAAAUAGAUAUCUACUUGAAAUGGCACGCUGUAUGCUGAUCGACGCAGUUAUGGUAACGAGAUACUGAGCAGAAACCGUGAACACAGCUAAUUAUUUGCAAAAUAGACUGCCUACUAGAGCAACAGACAAAAUGCCUUACAAACUAUGGACAUAAAAAAAGCCGGACUUAUCUACACGGCUUACAUACACAACCACAAGCUGACUAGUGUAAAGCAUGCCUUAUCCGGGUCUGAUAAAGACAAAUGGCAAGAGGCAAUGCAAGCAGAAAUUGAAUCGCAAAUAAAAAACGGUACUUGGGAAAUUGUACCUAAAUCAAGAGAAAAAAAUAUAAUUGAUUGCAAGUGGGUUCUUAAAAUAAAAAGAAACGCCGAUGAAGAGACUGUGUAAU